GAUUUAUGUCUGUCAUGCGUUGUACUUGAAAUAAAUAAGCCACCUCAUGGUCCUUCAAGAAUUAUCAGAGAUCAAAGAUCGUACAUUGAUUACACGAGCGCUCUUAGAUAACAGCUGCUUUUUGUACAUUCUCAACUAAGUUGUUAGAAACGGCGGCGUGAGUUGAGCGUAAUAUGUCAUUCACAAAAAUGGAAAUCACUAAAAAGGCAUACUUUGGUGGCUGUCACUGUGGAGCGGUUCGAUUCCAAUGCUGGGCACCAGAAACAAUACUGGUUCUUGAAUGCAAUUGCAGUAUUUGCUUUGUGAAACACAAUACUCAUUUUAUUGUACAUGAAUCAAAUAUGGAAAUACUCAAGGGAGAAGAAAACUUAACCACAUAUCGAUUCAACACCAUGACAGCAAAACACAUGUUCUGCAAAAUCUGCGGAGUACAGAGUUUCUAUGUCCCUCGUUCAAACCAAGAUUCUUAUGGCAUCAAUCCUCGCUGUUUGGAUUCUUAUGAGUCCUUAUCAAUGAAAACUGAAUAUUUUGAUGGCAGACAUUGGGAAACGUCUUUUUCUGAGAAGGCCCCACAGUCAUUUAAGUAACAAACUAUGCUCACUUAACCUCAAAGCAUUCAGAUUACUCUGCCAAAUGUAAUUAAUGCUUAUUUAUCCACAUUUAUUUUCAAUUAAUCAUGUAUUAUCUUGAAGCUUUAACAUUUUGAUGAUGUGAUUGUAUAUUUCUAGAACGACAU